AUGGCCAAUACCACCACCAACACCGCCGCCUGGCUCCCCACCCCCAAAGCCCACCCCUUCACCAUCGACUCCGCCCCUCUCUGGACCCCCUCGGCAAACGAAAUUCUCCUCCACAACCACGCCCUCGCCAUCAACCCCGUCGACCCCAGCCUCCAACAAAACCCCUGGUUCCCUCUCAACUACCCAACCAUGCUCGGGCAAGACGUCGCCGGCGAAGUCGCCGCCGUCGGACCCGGUGUCACUCGCUUCAAGGUCGGCGAUCGCGUCGUCGGGCAUGCAGUCGGGAUGACAUCUGGUCGGAAGGAGGAGAAUGCGUUUCAGAAGUACACGAUCCUCAACACGAACAUGGCGAGCCAUAUCCCCGAGCAUGUUUCGUAUGAGAGGGCCGUUGUGCUCCCGCUGGGGCUUUCGACGGCCGCGUGUGGGUUGUUUCAGGAGGAUUUUUUGAACCUGCGGUUUCCGACUGAGCCUAGGGCUCAAGUGCAGGGAGAGGCGCUGCUCGUUUGGGGCGGCGCGAGUAGUGUCGGGAGCAAUGCGGUCCAGCUUGCGGUUGCGGCUGGGUACGAGGUGUACGCGACUGCGUCGCCGAAGAACUUCGAGUACGUGAAGCGGCUCGGUGCGACGGAGGUCUUCGACUACAAUUCCCCGGCCGUCGUCGACGACAUCGUCACUGCACUAGCGGGUAAGACUCUCGCCGGCGCAAUCGACUGCAUCGGACCCCCCGCGACAACGCCAACCGUAGACGCCGUGCUGCGCGCCGAGGGCGUCAAGUUCGUAUCCACCGUGAAACCCAGAUAUACAGCGCCCGAGGGUGUGACUGUGAAAAGUAUCUUUGGAACGUCGCUGAAGGAUAACGAGGUUGGGAAGGCGAUCUAUGAGGAUUUCCUGCCCAAGGCCUUGGAAGCCGGGAGCUUUGUUCCGGCGCCGGAGCCACUCGUUGCGGGGAGGGGGCUGGAGAGUCUUCAGGGGGCGGUGGAUUUGAUGGGCAAGGGGGUUUCGGCGAGGAAGAUUGUUGUUUUGCUGUGA